GCACUUUUCAACUUUCGUGGAUUGACAAACCCCGACGUUGGAUUUCACGAUUCCCAAUUUUGAACGUCGCACUUCUCAAUCCUUUAUUAUUCGAGCCAUGUUAACUUGAGCACCGAUUAUUACAAACAUCCGUCUUUCUUUCUCGUCGAGCAAUCGCACGCGAUUCAACGCAACACGACGCGUUUCUCAACACAGCUGUGAUGGCCGGGCCGCGAGGGGCGCGUCUGCCCGUUGGCUCCGGGCCAUGGAUAUCAGAAGAACGAUCGUCUGCUAUGCAGAUUACUCAGUCGGAGGUUGAAGAAUUCUCUUUCUCGGCUAGGAACGACUUUGACUGGCUAAACGAGCAUAUGGCGGAGAUAUUUAGCGAGAAUCAGAUUAACGUGGCAGAGAUCUUUAAGACUCCUGGUAAAUUAAGAGGCAAGACACCUCGAACUGUACGCAAGAUAAACGCGGGAGAGGCUCGUAUUCCGCUCUCCGAUAUCUUCUCUGCUACACCUAAGGGAGCACCCAAUCCAUUUGCUAUACCUAAUAUCAAUCGAAACAACUCCCCCAGGAUCGAGAUUGCUGCAGAUCCUCAACCAUCGCCUUCUAAGCAAGCCGCUCCUGCAAGUCCCUUGAGGCACGUUGCUGUUCCGAAACCCGCAGUUUCAAAGCAACCCAAUUCUAUGGUUGACUCCGGAUAUCAUGGUAGCCAGUCCCAAGAUGCAAUGGACGUCGAUCAGUUUACUGUAGAUGACGAGGCAACACAUCCUUUCAGCCAACAGGCGAAUACACAGGGUGAUUAUAUGGACACCCACGCCUCCGAUGACCACCAUGAACUCAAUGGCUCAACCCGCCACUCACUGAAUCCUACUGUUGAGACGAACGCGGGUGAAGCCGAUACCCAAUAUUUCACUGCUCAUGUUGCCGCAGAAGCUUCAUCUGCAAAGGAUGAUUCGCACCACGAGAGUACUACUCCGGCGGGCUCACCUCUGCGAUCUCCUAACCCCACUACACAGACGAAAUCGCCCGCGAAAUUGUCUGCUGCUACGCAUAUGCUCUCCAGCCCCAGAGAGCACGCAGCCGAAGUAGAUACGAUGGAAACCGUGCUCGAGGAGCCGUCGAGAUCCUCUUCGGAUAGCCCAAGUCCGAUUCGACCUAUUGUUCGAAAGAGCAGUCUCAAUUUUGCUUCCCUGCCUGAAAGGCAGCCUAUCACCCAGAAGAGCAUAGGUAACCGUGUAUCACGAACUAGUCACCUUGAUCAAAACCGAACUAGUUAUUAUAACCGAUACACUGGAGGAAAAAGUCUAGGACAUGCCAAACAUGAUCUUACGGAUGAGGAGAAUGAUGAUAUGGACAUGGACGAUGAUGAGGAUGAUCUAUUCACUGAGAAGUCCCAGUCACGACCAGUACUAGAUGACGCGACUGUACACAACAAAACUUAUACUCAACGUCUUCAAGAUCAGAUCAGCAAAUUGGGUCAGCCACAAGUACCAGCUCCUCGAUCUUCGAAGUCAAUUCCGGAUCCGUUUGUUGCCCAGUCAUCGGUCCCUACGACUCAGUCCUCGCAGUCUUCGUCCCAGACUAAGCCGUUGCCUUCUCUGAAGAAUACAACAACUACCCCGGGUAGCUUCCCUACAGACGAUGAGGACGAUUGGAUCCAGCCACUUGGAACCCCUGAGAAUGCUUCAGACUCUCGCAGUCCGCGACCAGGGUUAUCUAAGAGCUACACUGCGGAUGUAAUGGAGGGCGUGUCUGGCAAGAAGACUGUUAGUGGAGGCGAUUUCUCUGUACCGAAGACUCGCCAGCCGCAGAAUGACCUUAAGUCUCCUGAGCAUCCGUCGGCUUUGGAACAGACAGGCAAGGCUCUGGGUCAUCAUAAAUCUGCCUCCGUUCCUAUCUUGCCGGUUCAAGGAGCCGCACAUGGCGAAGAUGACGGUCUUAAGAAGAUUGUCUCGGUAUCCAACCCAUCGCUAGCUCCUGUUCCUGAAACAGAGGGGCCUACUACACCUAUGAAGUCGCCGUCGCGUGGCUUCAAGGAUAGUCCAUUGAAACAGGUUAAGAACAAGUUGUCGUCAAUUCUCAAGAGCUCCAAAGGCUUGUUGGCAAGUAGCGCUGCCAUCAGUGCCGAAGGUAAGACCUCACUUUUGUCACCCUCCACAACAAGACUAGGUCUACACACCAUAGCUUCUACCGAGUCUCUUGCAUCCCCUCAUAGAAUGGAUGCCCAACCUCUUUACCCAGACCUAUCACGCCAUGCCACGGAACAGGCUCUGGAAGGCCCUACUAGUCCGACACGUACGGAUAGCCGAAGAACUAGGGCCUCUAUAGAGCGUGAGAAGGCUGAAGAGAAGCGAAAAGAUAAAGAGGCAAAAGAAGUACGACGUAUGGCCGAACAGAUGGAAAAGUUAGAGAAGGCUCGUGAGAAGGAACGUGAGAAGGCUCGUGUGUUCAGCAAGGAGCAGGAAAGAGUUGCUGUGAUGGAGAAACAACUUGCUGCUCAAAAGGAGCAAGAGAAGAAGGCCGUACAAACCCCGGGUAAUCCGUCGAAAUCGACUCGUCCGAGUCCACGUAAGCCUGUUAAGGCUCAGCCAAACGCCGCUAGUUCCGACGAUAACCAGACCGAUGACAUUGACAUGGUCGAUGCUCCUACUAUGAUGCCGCCGCCCUCUGCGCCUCGAUCGGCUAUCCCCCCUCCCUCCGUUACUAAAGGACGUGAAAUCAAGCGACCUACGAGGCCCGCGAAGGAGCCAAUCGCUAAAUCCAAACAAGCACCCACUGUCAUCCGCGUCAAUACCGGCUCACAACAUCCACAGUAUCAUCCCUCGAAUAGUACUCUGGCGUCAAGCCUUCACGACACGCUGUCUCAACCUCAGUCCAAGCUCAAGUCUAGCCAGCCCGCUUUGCAGACCAAACCCUCUUUACAGAGUCUGAAAAGCUCGACGUCGUCUUCGGGACGACCCAAGGCGCUCGAGGCGGCAGCACGAAGGAAGGAGCAAGAAGAACGUGAGGCACAACGUAAGCGCGAUGCUAAAGCGGAAAUAGAGCGGAAGAGAGCGGCCAUACAAGAGGAGGAGAGGCGCCAAGAACAGCAGAGAAAGGCUGAGGCCGAGCGGCAGAGGGAAGAAGAACGCAAGCAGGCCGCCAUGCAAGCAGAGGCGAAGAAGAACGCACAACGACAAGCUAUGCUUGAGAAGGCUAAACAGACUAGAGCGCCUCCGCCAGCUGCUCGAAGCCAGCCGAACGGACCCCCGGAUUAUAGCCGUCCUGAUGCUGCGGCACCCCGACCACCUUCCCGCAUGACCACUAAUGCUCCGCGAUCCCAGGAAGAUGGUGGGCGCCCGGUCAAUGCAGUAUUAUCAACUGCGUCUAAGGCAAACACGAAGCGGCCCUUACAACAAGACCACAACGAUGAUAGUACCCGCCAGACCGCGGCUCGUGGUGGCGCCGCUUAUCAGUCGAAGGAUUCAAAACGAAUCCGUAUGACUGAUGAAUUUGACGACGAAGCUGAGACAGGGAAGCAGCCGAGUCUAAAGGGGGCACCUGUACGCCCCUCAGGUGGCUAUAAGAAGGAAUUGCCGACCAAGUCUAUGUUCCAGUCAGGGUACACGAAUGCAUCACUGAACGGCAGUAGAGAUCUGUUCAAGGCUACCGUGACCAACCAACAUAAUAGCCAUAUGAAGCCAGGACAUCCGUUGGAUAUGGCACAACUUGCAAAGGGCCCCAUCCCCUUCGCACCCAACCCUAAUGCGGCUGGGUCAUCUUACAAGACGCCUGCUCGUCCCCAGGGAGUCGCGGGCGCUAAGUCCGCCGCGAAGUCGGCAACACGAUCUUCUCCCCGGUUUCAGAAUGGCGAGUCGAUUGAGCUCCCAGAGAUCAACACAGACGACGAGGAUGACAGCGAUGAGGGUGGUGGAGGUGAUAUGGUCGCAUCCUGGGCUGAUUCGCCUAAUCUUCGCCAGGCACUUGUCGAGCAAGAAGGCAUGGAUCCUUUCCAGGUAUUCGGAGCACCGGCCCCCCUUAACAUGGAGGAGGUGUUUGCCAAGAGCAAGGAUCGGUUCCACAAGUUCCGCGCCAGAACUUCCAGCGCGAACUGGAGCGGUUCUGACAGGCUUACCGAAGAAGAUAUCCGCAAGGAUCUUGCUGCCCGAGAUAAGAUACGACGAGACGGUGGCUGGUCUUAUGAGAUGAGUCGGGAUAUGGUGUAGGACUGGUUGCUGGUAGGUCCUCAAAGAGGGAAUUAGGAGACCCGUGGGGGUUAAAAGUCAUUGCAUCACAGGGUGUUGUCGGUCUACUUUGAUCAUGAUACGAAGGUUUCGGUUAUGAAAGUUGGGGCCCGGCGUUUACGGCAAAUAGCAUA